GCGGGCAAAUGGCGGCGGCCGCGGCGGCGGCAGCUGAGGGCGGCUGCUCCGGUGGCGGCGGAGGCUCCGCGACGCUCAUGCCGGGGGCAGCAGCGGCGAGCGGGAGCCUGGCUUCGGGGGGCUGCGGCGCGGCGGGCCCGUCGUCGUGGACGCGCUCGCUGGAGCGCUCGCUGGAGGAGGCGGCGGCCAGCGGCGCCCUCAGCCUCAGCGGCAGGAAGCUGAGGGACUAUCCGCGGGGCAGCGCGGCCGGCCACGACCUCAGCGACACCACCCAGGCCGAUUUAUCACGGAACCGACUCUCUGAGCUGCCACAAGAAGCUUGCCUCUUCGUUUCCCUCGAGAGCUUGAAUUUGUACCAGAAUUGCAUUCGUUAUAUUCCAGAAGCCAUUUUGAACUUGCAGUCCUUAACAUUUUUGAAUAUCAGCCGCAACCAGCUCUCAACGUUGCCUGUCCACUUGUGCGGCCUGCCCUUAAAAGUUCUGAUCGCCAGCAACAAUAAACUGGUCUCCAUCCCAGAAGAAAUCGGACAGCUCAGACAUCUAAUGGAACUAGAUGUCAGCUGCAACGAGAUCCAUACAAUCCCUCCCCAGAUUGGCAAUCUAAAUUCCUUGCGGGAUCUCAACAUCAGGAGGAAUCACCUGGUACAUUUACCUGAAGAACUUGCCGACCUGCCUUUGAUUCGGUUAGAUUUCUCCUGCAAUAAAAUCACAACAAUCCCAGUGUGUUACCGGAACCUCAGGCACUUACAGACAAUCACCUUAGAUAACAACCCCUUGCAGUCUCCCCCCGCCCAGAUAUGUAUAAAAGGAAAAAUCCACAUAUUUAAGUAUCUGAACAUGGAAGCGUGUAAAGUUGUGCCAGACCUUCCCGAUUACGAUAGGCGACCGAUAGGCUUUGGAUCCUGCCACGAAGACCUGUAUUUGAGUCGACCAUAUGGAGCACUGGAUUCCGGGUUCAACAGCGUGGACAGCGGAGAUAAGAGGUGGUCAGGAAAUGAACCGACAGAUGAGUUUUCUGACCUUCCCCUGCGAGUGGCAGAGAUCACGAAAGAACAGAGGUUGAGAAGAGAGAGCCAUUAUCAAGAACACAGAGGGAACUCCGUAGUGACAAAUGGUGGAGAUCUGGAUCAGAUCGACUUUAUUGACAGCUGCGCCGCUGAGGAAGAGGAGGAAGAAGUGAGGCAGGCCAAAUGUCCAGAGUCCGACAGCCUCAGCACGCAAUUCAUAGCCUAUAUUGAACAACGCCGAAUCUCUCACGAGGGUUCACCUGUAAAACCUACAAACAGCCGAGAGUUUCCUAGGUCGGAAGAUUCAAGAAAAUACCUCCAUCAAAACAGAGAUGCAGAGGAAUUAAAACGACCCGAAAGUCUGAAUUUAAUGCAAGAUAGGGAACGACCGCAAGGAUUAAGGAGCCUUAUAGAUCGGUCAGAAAGGAGUUGCCGAGAGUCUGCUGCCCAUGGAUCUCUGUCCAAUGCUCACCAUCAGAACGUUCCCGCAGAGGCUGACCCACCCAGACGGCGUGAGCCCUUCAUGGAGUGGACGCGGAGGGAAGCGCAGCUGGCGGCCCUGCACCAUGAGGAGGAGAAGAGGAAGACAAAACAGAUUCAGAAGGAAGCCGUUCUUGAUUUUGUCAAACUCAAGGCGUCCCACAGUCCACGGAAGCAAAACACCCUGGAGAACGAGUGCCCCUUUCCGUCCAGAAGGUCUCAGCACACUGACGAUAGUGCCUUGCUGGUGAGCGACGACCGAUCCACCAUCUCACCGAAUGCACCCACUUCUCAAACAGUUCACCUCUCUGCCCCAUAUCCUGGCCCAGCCGCCACCCCUUCCUACAGAGCAACUCCCCAGCGCCCCGACAGCUUCCUUUUCCGAAACGCCACCAGAGAAGAAGCAAAUCAAGCUGUGACGUCGCUGCCUGCUUCUUCAUCAGCUCCGGUUAAUUGCACAGAUGACGUCAGCGAUAACCAUAAUUCCACCUUGCUGGAAGAAGACGUUUUGGUGAUAGAGCAACUGCGGAAAAACAUUGAAUCCCGGUUAAAAGUGUCUUUGCCGAGCGAUCUCAGCGCAGCCUUAACGGAUGGCGUGGUGCUUUGCCAUUUAGCCAACCACGUGCGCCCUCGUUCUGUCCCUAGUAUUCACGUGCCCUCGCCUGCUGUCCCUAAAUUAACCAUGGCCAAGUGUCGACGGAAUGUGGAAAAUUUCCUGGAAGCCUGUCGAAAAAUAGGUGUGCCUCAGGAGCGACUGUGUUUGCCUCUCCACAUUUUAGAAGAGAAGGGGUUGACGCAGGUGGCAGAGACUGUGCAGGCCCUCCUGGAAUGGGCCCCCCCAAAGCAACACCACCUGGCCGCUGCCUAAGGAGGAGCCCCGAGAACUUCUUCCCCCGGGCUGACGGAAGGAGGCGAGUGCGGGUGGCGCUUCUCCAAGCACAGACUGUCUUUUGUGUUCGAAGAGCGACCGCCAGGACCCCAAAUUUCCUCGUGGGAGGCUUUUGCCUUUUCAUUUCUCCACUUUUUUGGGGGUGGGGGGGUGGGAGAGAGUUUCCACCAGACCUUCGCGAUUUGUAAAAGUGGGGUUGUUUUUUUGGGGGGGGAGCGGAGGGAACGGUGCGAAAACUCCAGGAGCUCCUGGGCUUCCUAUUGAAAUCUCAUCCUGGGGGAAUCUGGGCAGGGGAGAUAAACGAAGGCGGACUUUUUAAACCCCACGACUAUAGAAAUGUGAGGUUCCUGGUAAGGUUUAACAUGGAGGGAAAAAAAUCCAUAUUUGUUUAGUUUCGUUUUGCACUUCUGCUCCGGACAAUCCCGCAGAUCAGACCAGCUCUGGAAGGACCCCAGCGACCAUGGUCCUCAGCCAGUCCUGAAUCCUCUUAUACCUUCUGCUUCUGUUGUCCUUUUCCCUCGUUGCUUCCCAUGGAGACGUUUCUUACAGGAA